AUGAGAAAAAAAUCCAUCCUAAAGAAGGCAAGAUAUUUAUCACAAGCAGAAGAAACAUCCUGUAUAUUAGAUGAACAAAAUGGUAAAACAAAAGAAAAUGAAGAUAACUCCCCUAGUGAAACAAGUAAGCUCAAAACAGAAAUUGAAUCAUUUAUGGAUGAUACUGGUAAUGAACUUCGAUUUUAUCUUGAAGACAAUAAUAUUACGAAUGACACAGAAAAAUGUAAAAAGGCAUCCUCAUACAUAAAUUGGAGAGGAAUGGACUAUGUUAAUUUGCUAUUAAGUGAAAAAGAAAAAUAUAAUAUCUCAUGUCUUGUUGAAAAAUGGAAUGAGAAACAAAAAUCUUUUCAAACAAGUAUAGAUGAAAAAAUGAAAUCAACGUGUAGUACAACAACGUUUGAUUAUUGUGCUAUUUUGAAUAAAAAUGAUAAAUGCACUAGACCUUAUGAAUAUAAUGAUCUACCAGUACCCACAUCAUUAACAUACGCACAACUCAAUGAUGAUAGUUAUAGUACUAAUAAAACUCAAAUUAUUGAAGACAGACGGUUAAGUUUUUUCAAUAUUACUAAUGAUAUGUCUAAUUACCAUUACAGGGUUUACGAGAAAGAUAGAUCUGAACGUAAUUGCGGGAAAUGGAGCAUGUAUAUAUAUAAGAGAGGAAAACAAUUUGUUAAUAUGGCGGAAAAUGAAUUAUAUGAAAAUCAAUUAUAUAUAAAUGAUUCUAUUAGAAUAUGGAAUGAUCAUAGUAAUACAUUGCAAAAUAUUGAAUUAAGAGACACUGGUAUUCAAUGUAAUAUGACAACAUUAAUUCAUCAAAUUAAAGAGAGACAAAAUACAGCUGACCCAUAUAAUUUAGAUUGGCUUUCUUCAAAUAGCACUCAAAAUGAAUCUAAUGAAACUUCAAAUAAUACAACUACAUCACCAGAUAACUUAAAAUCUACAAAUGUAACUCCUAAUGUAUUGCAUAAUGAUACUACUACAGGUUCAUUGGGUAGCAAUAGGACUAGUGUUAAUAACGUAAAUGAUGUGAAUUCCUUUGAAAAUACAUUCACAAGCGCCACUUCAAUACCAUCAGUGACUACAGAUCAAACUUCCCCAGAAACUAAAACCACAAUUUCUCCAGAACACUCAACACAAUCCAAUUCUUUAACUCCAAGUGAUACAAUAGAUUCUAAUACUAAUACUAUAUCUGACGCAACCUCAUCUUCAGUAUCCCCUGAGAUUGUAAUAUCUCCUACAACUAAAUUAUUACCUUUAGAUUCUACUAUUAGUGGCACACCUACAGUUACAUCUUACCCUGAAGAAAUAUCUUCUACAGCUACCACUGAAUAUUCUAUUACUAACGUUGAAUCAUUUACAAAUAAUAUUGCACCUUCUACUACUAUCACUCCACCUCCUAUAACAGCAUCUUUACCUUCUAAAACUGUAUCUUCUGAAUAUAAAACAUUUACAGAUGACAAUAAAUCUUCUACAAAUAAAAUUACACCUCCUACAAUUUCACCAUCUUCUUCUGAGGUUAUACCUUCACAUUCAUCUAUAACUACAACAUCUAUAGAUGAAUUUACGCGAUCAUUACUUUCACCUACUCCUAUAGUUAAAUCUUCUAUAAAUGAUUAUACAACUUCAAUAUCCAACACUACAGAUAAUUCAAUUGAUACUGAAUUUCCUACAAAUAGCAUUACACCUUCUAAAACAUACGAGGCAUCUGCUAAAACUGCAUCUUUAUCUCCUGAAACUACAGCUACUGUAAAUGAAAUUAUAUCUGCAAAUGUUGCUGCAUCUCCUACAAUUGAUCCUGUUUCUUCUCCUGGUAUUGAACCUUCUCUUACAUCUAUGACUACAACUCCUACAGAUAGUUCUACACCUCCACUAUCUUCAUCUACUCCUAUUAUCACCACUUUGCCUUUCACAUAUAAUUCUGCAUCUCCAACAGAUUACACAGAACGUUCUACAUCUAUAAUUGACACUACAUAUUCUUUAACUGAUAUUGAAUCUUCUACUAGCAAUACUACAAAUUCUGCAGCUACUUCUUUUUUCCAUGAGAUUGCACCUUCUGCAACAUCUUCAAUUUCCUCUAAAACUAUAUCUUUUAUUAAUCACGAUUCUCCUAUAAGUGAUAAUGCCUCUACAAUCAAUUAUGCACCCAUAAAUAAUCCUGAAACUUCUAUAUUUAAACCUGAAUCCUCUAUACCUGGUGUUGUUAAUCCCACAAUUAUAACUGAAUCUUUUACAGAUGGAUCUAUACUUCCUACUACUGUAGAUAUUCAUAUUACUGCAACAUCACCUUUAACAGAUAGUUCUACACCUUUUUCGACAAAUAACGAAAAUACUAUUACUACCAAUGAACUUUCUACAAGCAGAAUUACAUCUUCUACGAAUGGCACUACAGCUCCUACAUCUGAUUUUAUAUCUCCAACUCCACUUUCGUAUUCCCCUGAUAAAACAUCCAUUCUCACAACUACGACUGCAUAUAUUCCUACAACAAAUAAUGAUUUACCCUCACUUCAGACAGAUGGUAUCCAACUGCAGAUACCACCAAAUACACAUGCCCCUCUUAAACAGGCUCAACAAUACUCAUAUGGAAGAAAUAGUACUGAAAAUAUUUCACUAAGUCCAAGUGCGACUAUUCCAAAUAUUUUGACGCCAAUCCCAUCAAGUGACCCUAAUGAAGUUAUGCCUACGGUUACACCUAAAGGUGAUUUAUUAAUACCAAUGGUUUCAGGAGGUAUUUUUCUUUUAGGAAUUAUUUUUUUUUUGAUUCUUCUUUGUAAAUAUACUCCCAUUGGAUCUUGGAUUCGUAAUAGGAAAUCAAAGAAAAAAAAAGCAAGAAAAAAGAUUAAGAAAAUAACAAGGGAACCGUUGCUAAUGGAUACAAAUAAUACAAAGAAUGAAUCAAUAAAUAGAGAAAAUUAUUCAUUCUUACACUAUGAAAAAGAAAUACCACUAUGUGAUAUGAGUUUGAAAAAUCGAAAAGAUUUGAAGUAUAAACAAGUGAAGAAAUCCAAAGCACAUAAAGGAAUGCAUAUGGAAAAUGAAAAAGAUUUGAAGUAUAAACAUGUGAAAAAAUCCAAAGAACAUGACGGAACGUAUAUGGAAAAUAAAGAAGAUUUGAAUUAUGAACAAAUAAAGAAAUCCAAAGAACAUAAAGGAAUACAUAUGGAAAAUGAAAAAGAUUUGAUGUAUGAACAAAUGAUAAAAUCCAAAGAACAUAAAGGAAUAUAUAUGGAAAAUGAAAAAGAUUUGAAGUAUGAACAAAUGAAGAAAUCCAAAGCAUAUGAAGGAAUGUAUAUGGAAAAUGAAAAUAAAUGCAUUAGUGAAUUUGAAGAAGUAUCAAAGAAGCAUGAAAAUGAAUUCAUAUUGGGAGAAAAAUUAAAUGAAUAUAAUCCUAGAAAUGAAAUUGAAGAAAUUGAAUUGAAUGUAAAUAAAUCCAGAAAUAAAAUCAAAGAAGAAAAAUUGAAUGAAAAUAGAUUAGGAAUAAAUACAUCUCAUAUUGUAGAGUAUAUUAUGGAAGAUACCUUAAAUGAAGAAGAGACAAAUGAAAUAAAUAUAAUACAAGAAAAAUAUGAAUGUGAAAAUGAAAUGAUAAAUUUAGAAAAUAAAAGAUCAAUUAAUGAAGUACAUAGUUGGAAUACAUGGAUAGAUGUACAUAUGAUAGCAUUACAAGAGUAUAAAAAAGAGGAAUGGAAAUUGAAUAAAGCCGAAUUUUUUAAAAUUUGUUUAGAAGAGAUCCAAAAAGAUGGAAAAAAUUAUAAUUUAAAAGAUAUGGGAAAUAAUUUUAUAAUGAAAAUAAAAGAAGAAAAUAGUACCAAUACAAUAGAUAAAAAAAGUAGUAUAUUAAUGAAAUAUAAAAAUGAAAAAUGGUUUAUUAAUUUGAAGAAAGAAUGGAAAGAAGAACAAGAAAAAUAUUUAGGAUAUUUAGAAGAACAAGAAAUUGAAAAAAUGACAGAAAUGGGAGUAAAUAAUAUUAUUCUAGAUAAAAAAAAAAAAAUAUGGAAGAAAUGGAUAGAAUGGCAAAUAGAGCAUUCACACAAAUACAAAAAUCAGAAUUGGUUUAUAAAAUUGUUAGAAGAAUAUGAAAAAGAAGAUAUUCAUGAAAAUAUAAAGGAAGAAAAAAUAGAGAAUAAAGGAAAUAAUGGAAUAGAUGAAUGUGAAAUGAAGAAAAAUUUGGAAAGUAGAAUUUUGUUAGAUAUUUAUAUGAUGGUAUUAGAGGAAUCUACAAAAGAAGAGUGGGAAAAAGAAGAAGAAUUUUUUAAAGCAAAUAUGGAAGAGAUGAAAAAAUAUAAAAAUUUCGACGAACAAACAAACAUAUUAGAUAAAAUAGAAAGAGAAAGAAGUUGGAAUGUUAUAUCAGAGAAAAAAAAAGAGGAAAUAGAAAAAUGGAAAAAAGAAAAAUGGUUUGUUGAGUUAAUGUUAGAAUGGAAAAAUAAAGAAGAAGAAUAUAUGAUGGAGACAAAUGAAGAAAUUUUAGCAAAAAAGAAUCAAGGAAGAUUAAUAGACGUUAUCUUAGAAAGACAAAGCAGUAUAUGGAAAAAACACUGCGAAAAUAUUUGUAAAAAGUGGAUAGAUGAAGACAACAAUGAAGAAUGGUUUACAAAGUUAGUUAAUGAAUAUGAAAAUGAAGAGAAAGAAUAUAAAAGUAGUAUUUAUAAAAAUAGUAUAGAAAAAGAAAAUGAAAAAUCCAUGGAAAGAGGUGAAUCAAUAACAGAGGUUAAUAAAAAGGGAGAUGAAAAAAUGAGAAAGUAUGAAAGAAAUCAUUUAGAGGAAUCACAUGAAAAUAAUAAUUCUAUAAUAGGCAAAAAAAAAUUAAAAUGGCAGACUUUAAUAGAAAUAUACAUGGUAAUACUGGAGGAAUGUAGAAAAGAGGAGUGGUUAUUGAAUAGAGGAAAAUUUUUAGAAGUCUGCUUAGAAGAAUUUAUAAAUGAAGAUAAAGAAGAAUAUUCGAAAAUAACAGAAAAUGAUUUAGCCAUCAUGAGAGAAGGGGAAGAAGACAUUAGUACAUUGAUGAUUGAGAAACAAAAACUUCUAUGGAAAAUAUGGGUAGAAAGAAACAAAAGAAUGUUAGAGAAAUGGAAAAAUGAAGAAUGGUUCAUUAAUUUGAAAAAUGAAUGGAGAAAAGAACAAGAAAGAUAUGAGGAAUUGACAGAUGAAUUAGAAAUUGUAGAAAUAGAAGCAGGAAAAAAUCCUAUGCUAGAGAAACAAAAAAAAAUAUGGAAACAAUGGCUAAAAAAACAAAGAAUGUGGUUUAUAGAACAUAGCGAAGAGGAAUGGUUUAAUGAUUUAUUAGACGAAUGUGAAAAGGAAGAAGAAGGUAUGGAAGGAAUAUCUAAAAGAGAUACGAGAAAUGUGAAGGAAAUUCAUGAAAAUAUAGAAGGAUUGAAACAGGAAGGAAAUAAAGAAAUAAUGAAAUAUGGAAAGAAUGAAAAAUUGAUACAAAAAGUUUUGAUAGAAAUACAUAUGAUGCUAUUAGAAGAAUAUAUUAAAGAAGAAUGGCAAAAAGAAAAAGAACAUUUUUUUAAAAAAAUGAUUGAAGAGUUGAGAAUACAACAAAAUUUAGGUGAGGAUGUUAACAUAUUAGAAAAAAAAAAAAAAAAAAGUAAGAAUGUUAUACUAGAGAAUCAAAAAGUGGAAAUAGAUAGAUGGAAGAAAAAAAAAUGGUUUAUAGAGUUAAUGUUGGAAAUGAAAAACAAAGAAAAAAACUACAUAAAAGAAAUAUAUGAAGAUAUGAUAACAAAAAAGAAUGAGGAUAAAAUUAGAAAUCCCAUGUUAGAAAGGCAAAAAAUUAUAUGGAAAAAACACUGCGAAGAUAUUCAUAAUAAGUGGAUAGAAAAAAAUAGUAAAAAAUUUUUACAACAAUAA